UGUCAAAAAUGACUUGGUCACAAUAAUUAACUCAGUAAAUUAAUGUAUGAAAAAUUAGAUGUGUCGUAUCUUAGGUUUGUGUCUGUGUUGGAGUUAAAUUAGGUCGUGUUUGUUUGUGAAUAAUGGAAGCAACAAAUAGCCCUCCUGGACCCGAUCCAGUGUCCGAGACCGCCGACAUUGUGUCCGAUCGGCGUGACAUGAAAUUAAAAGAAGCCGAAAAAACGAUAGCCAACAAGGACGUGAUAAUACAGAUGUUGCAGGAACAAGUAAAGAAGUUAGAACAGUGCUACAAACAAAAUUUGAAAGAAACGGAAACUUUCCGGUACAGAUUCUAUCUAGCGUCAGAGCAAGUGACAAGACUGCGCAUGUCCCCACAGGCGAACGAAUCGUCGGAAAAGCCGGAAAAGUCGGACAAACCUGACAAAGACAUCAAAAGCGAUAUAGUCGUUUGGAAAAAUGAUUAUUUCAGAUGCGACCAACUAAUCUCGAAAGAGUGUCCAGCGAAAUGUAACAAAACCUUCCAACAGUUUAAGAACAUAGCAAGAAUCAUGAAAGCCCACUACGAGUUGUUGCAACUACUCAGCGAAAAACUUGUAGAAAAAGCUGGCGCAACCGAAAUGGACCCCGCUACUCUAGAAAAACUAAAAAACGAACACAACGACCAGAUAUCGAAGUUACAGGAAGAAAUAAAUUCGCUGAAGGAAGAGAACCUCAGGCUGCAGCUUCAGUUAGUCGUUCAAGUGACUCCUCCAAGGGAAGACGAGGCAUCGCUAUCAGUAAGAGACUCCCCAAGUGCGUUUCCAUCAGCCAGAGACAGCCUCCUCGGAGCGUAUAAAAGAACCACCCAAGAACUACAAAAGAAAAUGAGCAAAAUCAUCGAAAAAACUGGCUCUCUGGCGGAGGAGAUUCUUCAGGGUGAAGAGGACGAGGACGAAAACGAAGAAGAAGCGUUGCCUUAUAACAGUACAGGUUCGCUCAGAAGAGUUAGUUUUUCGAAGGAUAAACUGUCAAGAAUUUUAGAAAGUUCAUCUGUUGAGGAGAUAGUCAAGAGUCGUGAAGAGGCGCAUAAGAAAAGUUCCGUGAGAGUGUCCAGGGUUUACUUGACAGACUACGUCACUGCUAGUGUUGAAAAAGUCGAUAAAGCGUGUGACUGUAGGUGCAGAGAUGCGGAGGUACAAGUGACUGACAGUGCGAUUAAGACCGAACAACAAAUACCCGAGGAGCCAGAAGAAAAUCAGGUGGUUGAAAUAAAGGCAACCGACGACGAUAUAAAACCGAGUUUCGUUCUUGAAAGUCCGGUGGAGGACUCCAUAGUUGAAACAGAAUUGCCGCAGGACUCCAUAGCUGAAACAGAAUUGCCGCAGGACGUGACUAUCCAACCUCCAGACGUAGAACUGGAAAGCACCCGGUCUGUCGGGUUCGAAGCGUGCGCAGUUGGCAGUGACCCGAAACAGUCUCCAGAAGACAAAAAACCUUCUGGGGACGACAGUGACGAUGCGCUGGACAAAACAGACGAGUUUUUCCAACAAAUGCACAAAGAGCAAAGCGAUAAAAAUCUACACUCUCCGAGUAUGACCGUUCGGGUGGACAUUGACGAACUGAAAACCGACUUGAGCAAAAUGCAAGCAGUAGAACAAGGCGAGGAACAAACUGAGCCGUCUAUUGAUUUCUCAGAGAACGCACCGCCUGCCAACACCGACAUGAACGAAAUGAUCCUCAAGUUGAACGACAUCGGGGACAGAGUGGCUGAAUUGUUGGAAAAGCAGGACGACACGUGCAAAGAAAUCGAGUCUUUGAAGACCGAGCUGACGGUGACCCGCGAUUCCACUCGAGCUUGUACCGAGAACAUCUGCAAACUCACCGAGACCAUCGACGAACAAAAAGAAACCUUCUUGGACAAAUUCCAGGAACAUAAAGUGGUGACUGAUAAUUUGAUUCACGCGAACGAGGAGAUCCAGCAGGAGUUGGGUGACUUGAAGGAGAAGAUUGAGACGUUGUUUCGGAAUAUAGAAGAACUGAAUAAGAAGCCUUCGGAGACGAAGACCCCGUACAACAAUAAAAAUAGCGACGAGGUGAUAACGAUAGAUCGGUUUCAACUGGCUUUGGGUGAUAAUGUACCACCGGCAACAGAGACGAUGAAAAGCAUGGGUGUGCAUACGGUGAGUGAGGAGGCAGUGACGCUUGAGAAGCCGCAGCCGGUAGAAAGUGGGACUAAACCGGAGCCGGUAGAAAGUGGGACUAAACCAGAACCGGAGACACAAGAGGUACAAGAGAAGUCUGAGUGUCCGAUAAAGUGUAAAACAAAAGACCAGAGAUUGCAGUGUGUUAAUGCGUUACUUUCGUAUUACAAAAAGGUGCAGGAAAGUAUAGCGAAAAUGAAUUGUGACGUGGGUGAAUGUACGAAACAACAGUCUAGUGAGGUGCAAGGUUACAUAGACAAGGUAAAAGAGGAGAACGUGAAAGUCAAAGACACUAUUAGCUCAGUUCUUGAUAAUUUAGAAGGAAGACUGGGCGAUCUUAAAGAUGCCCAAAAACAGGAGAAUCCUGUGUGCUCGCACACCGUAGUCAAGCAGCAAAGUGACAGUCAGUGUGAGUUGGACGUGUGUACUUGUGACAGUAAUAUGUGUGACGAAGAGGGUGUUCAAUCAGACGUCGAAAUCGAGGACAUUUACAACGCAGUACGACGCACAUUUCCACCUUGCCAACAAUUCGCCCAAUCUAUGUCGUCUUGUCUAUGUACCAGAACUAAAACUAGCUCGUUAUGUGCUUGUCCUGGUGAAGGUAACUCAGAAGAGGAGCUCUACACCUGCCUUUUCUGUGCAUGUGGGGAGAGCGAAGGCUACGUUAAGCAAAGUCAAAGCGAACCCAGGCAGCCCCACAACUUACGGAGCGCUGAUAAAACUGACAACACUGGAGUCACGAGGUCCUGCGGCCUGGGCGAAUGUCUCGUUCCCGUGGACUCGAAACAGCUAUGUGAAAAAGAGUCGCUCAUUUUGAAUUUACAAACGUACGUGCGUUACUUGCACGAACAGCUAGAUAUUAUUACAAGCAUCGAGAGCAAAAUUGAAGACAUGCGCGAGCGCGUUUCAACUCACUAACGCAAGUUUUAAAAAUCAA